AUGACCAACGCCAUCAGCCUGUUCAAGCACGGGUGCGCGCUGGUGCGAGGCGCGAGCGCGGCGGACCCGUCGAUUGACAAGACGCUGCGGCUGAUUGAGGCGUUUUUCUCGCGCAUCGCGACCCAAGUGUUUCUGGUGCGUUUGGUUCCGCGCGAAGUCAUCGGCGGCGACACCGAGCACAGCCUCGCCAAGACGAUCCUGCCGCUGCUCGAGCGGUCGUCUCCCGCCGACGACGCGUCGUCUCCAGAGCGGACCAUCUCGUCCAUCGCCGAGGCGCGCGAGUGGCUGCUGCAGCUGGCCGUGGCGUACCGGCGCGACAUGCCGCCCGCGGCGGUGACGGCGCUGGCGCGGCGCUUCGGGGCGUGGUGCGCGGCGUUUGACGCGUUCCGGCGCUCCAUGGCCAAGACGGGACGCGUGCUGGGCCCGGCCGAGCGGCGGGCGCUGGCGCUGCUGGAGCUGCACCGGCGGUACCUGUCCAUCAAUAUUGCGGCGCUGGACCAGGAGGACCGCGAGGACCCGUCGUCGUGGGACCAGUGGACCGACGAGUUCCGCGAGAUGGUCGGGUUCGCGGAGGAGGCGGCGGCGGACGACGGCGGCGGGCCGCGCUUCUACCUGGAGAUCGGGGUGCUGCCGGCGCUCUUCUUCCUGUGCGCCAAGUGCCGCGACCCCGAGACGCGGCGGCGGGCCAUCGACCUGAUGGCGCGGGGCCGGCUGCAGGAGGGCAUCUGGGGCAGCGACAUGGCGGCGCGGGUGGCGCGGCGCGUCGUCGCGCUCGAGGGCGGGCUGGGCGGCGAUGCCGUCGUGGCGGGCGACGCGCGGGUGCGGCGCAUCGCCGUCAAUGCCGACGCGGAGACGCUGAGCGUGGGCUACGAGCUGCGGGGCGGGUGGGUGGAGGAGGCGGUGGAGGAGAUGCAGGACGUGGACGUGGAUUAG